UAAUAAAAACCAAGAUUUCAUAAAACAGCUGAGCUUUUUUACGGAUUAGAUACGAUACGCGUACGAGUUGAUGAGCCUCUUUUCUUUUCUCUUGACGAUUUUGGCAUUUAUUUUGAUUUCUGCCUUGUUGUUUUUCUACUUCAUUUGCUUUUUAUGAUUCUACCUUCUUCUUUCCAUUUCAAGAACCUCUUUUUCUAUUCUCUCGAACCUGUGAAUAUUGCACCUACAUACCUACACACCGAGCAAACGUCACAUACUUAGGUUCUUCUGCGUUUGUUUUAUCUUCAGCCCCUCGAAUAUACGAGGCACCCUACCAACACAAGAUUCCGAAGCAACCGUGAGAAUACAUAGCAACUUCACCCUCUAUCGCGCUCACAUUCAUCCAUCAACAUAUCGUCAAGAUGGAGUUCUCAAUACAUAAUUUACAAAAGUACAAGCUAGCUGUACAUAUUAUACAGCUCUCCAUGGCGGUCGUCAUAUGGAUCUUAGAUAUUGUCGUGAUGCGAUCAAAUGCAAAUGUCGAUGGAAGACUCGGAUGGAAUUUCGGUUAUGUAUGGUUUUAUCCUUUCGCAGAGGAGAUUUGUUUAGUUACUGAUGAGUUUGAAUAGACUUUCUUGGUUUUACCGGCAGUUAUAUAUCUUACCAUGACGGUACGAUUUCCAAGGACGAGGAAAUUCGCAAAUCCAUAUGCGCUGUUGAUUAUUGAUCUCGUUUGGUGUAUCAUGGCUUUAUCGGCAUUUGCAGCCGUCGCAAAUUGGAAUGGAACUGGAAGAUGUAGAGAUGGUUGUAAAGUGAGCAAGGCGGUUGUUGGAUUGGGAGUAUUUUUAUGGUAUGAUUUUACCCUCUUCAUCAAAACCCUCAGUAGUCCAUCUCUAACCCAAAAUGAUAGGCUCUUUUGGAUCGUUUCAACAGCCAUGUCAGUUUAUGGCCUUAUGUACUACAGAAGAGAAGGUUAUCUACCAGGCGCAUCUCGAGCCCCCAAUAACGCAGCCAUGAUUGAUCCCGACAAAGAAGCCUUCUCCACCGCUCCCCACGAUGACGAAUAUGCACCCGUUCAUAGCGCAGAAGAACAUGAAGAACACGAAUUACGCGAUGAUGGAUAUCCAGGAGGGAAUUUCGUAGGGAGUGUUCACACACCAGAUUACGAACCUUCGAGUUAUGGAGGUUCAUAUGCACCUACAUCCAUGGCUCAUCAUGAUGAUUUGGAAGCUUCAACGGCGUAUACGGGAUAUAGUGCGAGUGGGUAUGGAGGAUCACAAAACUCUAGGACAGGGCGAGCUCAAUUUCCUACGGGGAAUUAUGAUAAUAUCCCCGUGAUUGGUGAACCGUGAGGAAAUUCAUUAUUCAAUAAAUGAGUAAUGCAUGAACGGAUGGAUGGAUGGAUGAAUGACACAGAAUAGAUGAUUUUGCGUUGGCGUUUCUGGUCCUAAUCUUGUGGUUUUCAUAGCUACGAAUGGAUACCUACAAAAUUAUGUGUAUGUGUAUGUAUUUGCUGGAUUGGUGUAUGGAUGGAGGAUGGAUGGAUUGGUUGAGGAAGGGACACAUACAGUUACAUAUGAAUGCAUGCAUUUUAUUGCAUGUAUUGCAUGUAUCAUAUGUAUUUGAUUAUAUGAGAACAGCAUGCAUGUGAUGAAAAGGAAACAUGACUUGCAUAUGUACAUUCGGGGGAUUUAGGGAGAAAUUUGUGGCGGGCUUUACUUGGCAUGAAUAUAGGUAAGCACGAGGAUAGGAUAGGAUAGGAUGAUACGAAGAGGGUGAGAAUAAGAAUGAGGGUGAGAAGGAUAAACAUGAAAUUUGGAUCACGGAGGGAGGAUAUCUUCACGGUCGGGGUUUUAUAUAGAAAUUACUUUCUACUUGGUUCUCUCUUUACCCUUGUAUGGUAUAAAUAGGGAAAUAAGAGAAUUGAUUGAAAUGAAAUUUAAAUAUAUAU